AUGGCAGCAGGUGUAGCGGCAUGGCUCCCCUUCGCCCGAGCUGCGGCCAUAGGAUGGAUGCCCGUAGCGAGCACCCCGAUGCCCAUCCCUCCCCAAGACAAGAGGAAAGCCCAGGAAGGACUCAUCAUCCUCAACGUGAGUGGGACCAAGUUUCAGACGUGGCGAACCACUUUGGAGAGGUACCCGGACACUUUGCUUGGGAGCACGGAGAGAGACUUCUUUUUCCACGAGGAGACAAAUGAGUACUUUUUCGACCGUGACCCUGACAUCUUUAGACAUAUCCUCAAUUUUUACCGCACGGGGAAACUACACUAUCCGCGUCAAGAAUGCAUAUCCGCGUACGAUGAGGAGCUUGCUUUCUUUGGUAUAAUCCCCGAGAUCAUCGGGGACUGCUGCUAUGAGGAGUACAAGGACCGGAGGCGCGAAAAUGCAGAGAGGCUUCAAGACGACGAGGAGAUGGACAUGAGCAAUGACGUCACACCGGUGAACCUGACGCCCCGGGAGUACCUGUGGCGGGCCUUUGAAAACCCUCACACCAGCACCUUAGCGCUGGUCUUCUACUAUGUCACAGGCUUCUUCAUCGCCAUAUCAGUGAUGGCCAACGUGGUGGAGACAGUUCCGUGUGGGACUUUGCCCAACAGGUCAAAGGAGAUGUCCUGUGGAGACCGUUACGCACUGGCUUUCUUUUGUUUAGACACUGCGUGCGUCAUGAUAUUCACUGUUGAGUAUCUCCUCCGUUUAAUCGCAGCUCCCAGCCGCUACAAGUUCAUGAAAAGUGUGAUGAGCGUCAUUGACGUGGUCGCCAUCAUGCCUUACUACAUCGGCUUGGUCAUGACCGACAAUGACCAGGUGAGCGGUGCUUUUGUCACGCUGAGAGUCUUCCGUGUCUUUCGGAUUUUCAAGUUCUCCCGGCACUCCGCGGGGCUGCGCAUCCUGGGCUACACCUUGAAGAGCUGCGCCUCCGAGCUGGGCUUCCUACUAUUCUCCCUCACUAUGGCCAUCAUUAUCUUUGCAACGGUCAUGUUUUAUGCAGAGAAAGGCUCCACAGCCAGCAAGUUCACCAGUAUCCCCGCAGCGUUUUGGUACACCAUUGUCACCAUGACAACACUGGGGUACGGUGACAUGGUGCCAAAAACCAUCGUGGGGAAGGUGUUUGGAUCCAUAUGCUCUCUGAGUGGGGUGCUGGUCAUCGCCUUGCCUGUCCCUGUCAUAGUGUCAAACUUCAGCCGUAUCUACCACCAAAGCCAGCGGGCAGAGAAACGACGAGCCCAGAGGAAAACUCGGCUUGCUAGAAUCCGUGCUGUGAAGAUUCGAGGCACUAAUGCUUAUAUGCGCUACAAACAAAACGGGCUCCUGAUCGACUCACUGGAGGAGGCUUCCAAGGAGGCAGGAAAAGCCCUGGUGGGUAAGGUCGCUACCCCUCGUUUUGAGACCCAACAUCAUCACCUGCUGCACUGCCUGGAGAAGACCACGAAUCACGAGUUUGUGGAUGAGCAGACAUUUCAGGCCAACUGCAUGGAGAUCUCCAUCAUGAACAAGUCAGGCUCCCGUACUUCCUCGCUGUCCUCCUCGCCACACGGCCUCAGCUCGUGCUGCUCUCGACGCCACCGGAAGAAGAGUAGCUUCAGCCUGCCCAGCACAAACAACCAGGAGCUCAGCACCAUACAGAUAAGAGAGAGGCCAGUGGCCAACAGCCGCUCCAGCCUGAAUGCCAAACUCGAUGAGACUGUGCCCUUGAAAUGUAACGAACCUUACAUCACUCCCUCCAUGGUCAGCCUAUCUGCCCCAGUGGUGACCUCCUCAGACAGGGAUGGCUCCACUACCACCACCACAUACUCUCAGAGCAACAUUGUGCGAGUAUCUGCCUUGUAG